GCGCGUCGCGAAUGGCUACAAUGGGCCCUGGGGGCGCGGCCUCUGUUGGGUCGCGGUGCUCAGCCGCAGUGGAGCUAACGCUGCUCGGCACCAGAGAGGCUUUGAGGCUUUUUAAAUUGUUACACAGAACUCGACAAGAAGUUUUUAAGAAUGAUACAAGAGCUCUUGAAGCUGCAAGACAAAAGAUAAACGAAGAAUUCAGAAAUAACCAAAGUGAAACAUCUGAAGAGAAAAUAAAUGAGCUCCUGAAAAUAGCUUCAGAUGUUGAAGUGAUUCUCAGAACUUCUGUUAUUCAGGCAGUUCACACAGAUUCCAACAAAAUAUUGCUCUUACCCAGGAAGGAUCUGCUACAAGACAAUAUUCCUUACUUUGAUAAACCAACGAAAAAGCAUGAAUCCUGAGAAGAGUGUGCCCUUCUUCACAGUAUGUUAAAAGCUGGUAAUGGAAACUCUGAAAAACAGUAGUGUGUGCCUGUCUUGUUUUCCAAAUUUUAAUUUAAUGCCAAGAAAAUGUGGACUGAAACCAGUUUUGUUUGUUAUGAUAUCACCAUGGACUUCUUUUGAGGAAGAUGGUACUGUAUCCACAGAAACUUGAGAUACAUGAUUUCCUUGAAAAGUGUGUAAAUAUAUGUACUGCUGCACUUCAGAGAGCAGCAUCAGAUACAGAUUGUUUCCUAGCAGUCUAGAAUUUUGACAAACUAAAUGCAAGUGAAUUGCAGCUCUUAAUUCUGAUAAUGUGACAUUACAUACUGCUUUGAAAUAACUGAAAACCAUGUUGUAAAACUUAUCAUUAAAUUUAUGCUUCACAUCAAAAAGCUUGAAUUCUUAAGUUAUUAACUUUACGCUAAAAUACUGUAGUGUUUGAGAAAGUUCUUAAGGCUUGUCUGAAUAAAUUAUUCAGGUGUUACAGAAAGGCAAGAGUGUGCGGUGUUUGUCUUCUCUCUCACACCUUUGAAUGGAGCAGGAUUGGCAGGGUUUGAGUUCAUGAAUGACAGUGAAACAAGACAACUGAAGGAUAUUGUUUAAGAUCACAGGGCUUAUGAUUUUGUUUUUUAAUCUUGUAACUAUGUUGAGGUGUUCUCCAAAGAAAAGAGACUUAUUUCUUUGUUGCAGUGGUUCUGAUUUCCUGAGGCUGAGUUUAUGGUGAGUUUUACUAAGUCAUUAUCACUUCCUCCUUCAUUUUUUUUAGGGAAACUCAUUGGCUUCUCACUGAAUUUGUCGUACCAUUUUGUUCACUUCCAUUUUAAUUGGAGCCUAACUACAGUGAUAAGUACACAGAAUCUUCUGAUAAAUCAGUACCAGCCAUCAUGCUAGGAUCAAAGCACGUAAUACCAUGGAAGAAGGAUUCACUUUCAGGUCCAAAUUACUUUAUUUUUAUUAAGCACUAAAAAUAUUUGUGACUCGUGUGUUAUCUGACAUUAGCUGUGACUGUAUAAAGCAAAAAAACAGUGCUUGAAUCCAGUCUUCUUCUCACUGGUUGAGACAACAGGCAGAUUUUAAAACCGUUGCCUCCAGCUGCCAUGAGCAGGGUAGCCAGCAAUAAAUAGUUUGUCCGUGUAGCAGAAACGUUAAGUCAUGGCUUGAAACAGUGACUGAGCACCUGGGAGGAAGCCAGGACCAGCCCAGGCGAGCUCAUAUCUAUGCAAUGCAGGAUUCACUCUUUCAUAGACCUCAUUUAAGGGUUGGCAGUGGAGGCAAGGGUAUUUCUCUGGAGAUCCCUUCAUACCUGAAGCUUUCUGAAGGUAAGCAGCUUCUUUCCCUCUUUUCUGUGCCCAUUAGUGUUACAUUUGAGUGAAUCCUUGAUGACCAUAGCCUGGUACCUUUCUGCUCUGCUGUCAUUGUUGCGCUUUCCAUCAUGUUACAUUCAGUAACUCUAUUUCUGUUUCACUGAUAUUUCCUGCCAACACAGCUAGAAGUUAGGAAGCAAGUGAUCUGAGGCAGAAGGAAAUGCUUGCAAUUCUUGCUGUUUUGUUGUGGUCUGUAUGCUCUAGUACAAAACAAAUAUCUUGGUCUGGAGCAGAUGUGGUUCUAAGCCUUUUGUGUCAUUCACUUCCCAGAGAAGUGUGUUAUGCUUCUGGUUUUUCGUUCAUUCGCACCUUGCCUUUUUUUGUUAAAGAGCUUAAGAGAGGGGUAGGCCAGGGUGAGAACAGGAGGUAGUUGUAUCUAUAAAAAGAAAACAAUAAAACAUAAUAUGGCCUUAUGCAAAGUGACAAAUUUUUAGCAGAAAUUGCUUAAUAGUGGACUAGCAAGAAAGACAAAUUGCACAACCUUUUAAGUUGUAGGUCAUCUGGAAUUAGGAGUCAAUUCAUUUCCUGUAUAGUCAUGGCUUCUGGCUGUAGGAAUAGUGUAUUAAUGAUAUUUAAAUCCAUUUCAUAAAAUUGUAGGUUUGGGAGGUCUUUACUCUUUCAGUGAUUAUGUAAAAUUAUGUUACCCAUUACUGUGCAUAAUAUAUACUGAAAAAAUGAUACUUAACAGAAGGUGGCACUGUUUUGGCACAAUCUUUGAAGAAACUGCAAGUGGAUAAACUAUUUGCAUGUGACCAUAUUUAGUGUUGUUGUGCUGCUUUGUGUUUAUUAGCGUUUUGUCUUAUGUAUGAAUAGAAGUGCAAACUUACAGAUUCAAACUUGGAAUUUGACAGCCAGCUGUGUUUCAUUUUGCAUACAUCUUGAAUACUCAAUAAAAAUAUAGUUAGUUACUGGAAUAACACAUAGAAUGCUGAAAAUAAAGGAUAGGUUCAGAAGAGAUGAUAAAAUUCAAUGGCUCCUGCAUACUCCUGUACAGUAUGCCUAUGGUUCUGCACACUAAUAUUCCGUGUUUCUGCUGCCUUUGUGCAUUCCUGGGCAGCAGAGAUGAAGAGUUUCAAGUGCUAAGAUGAGAAAAAUCAAAUUGUUAGACAAAACGCUAUUAAAGUAAAAGAGGACUAUUGUUCUUGUUUCACUGCUUUCAAAUAGGAAUCUGGUGAAUAUCCAGAUAUGGGAUAAAGAAUUGAGCCUGAAAGUACUCCAAAGUUACAUUCACUAUUUGGCACAGCAGUUAUUUUCUUUCAGCUAACUUAUCCAUCAGCCUGAAAUGACUCUCAUAAACCUGCUUAGUGAGCAGCUGUUUCCUCUUCCUGAUUCCUUGCUUACCUGUUGAUUCAUGUUCCAGUACCCAGUCCUCUCCUCCAGCUUCCAUUACCAUUUGCUUUCACUGUAAGUAUGAUUCUGCUUUUGAUACUUUUUACUGGCUUUGUGCUUUUGUGUAUUUUUGUUUUUCUUAAGAAUUAAAUGUGAACCAAAAUUUGGCUUAAAACAUUACAGGGGCAUUCAGUUGUUGGUUUGGAGGAUUAAUUGUACUCAGGAAAAACUGUAAUUUGAUAGGCUCCUGAUAACGUGAUUCGAUCAUGCUGUGUCAGAUAUAUCUUCAUUAGCAGCAUAGACAAUGGCAUCAAGUGCACCCUCUGCAAGUCUGUGAAUGACACCAAGCUGAGCAGUGCAGUUGUUAUGUGGGAGGGAAGGGAAGCCAUCCAGAGGGACCUGGACAGGCUGGAGAAGUGGGCUGUGAAAACCUAAUGAGGUUCAAUAAGGCCAAGUGCAAGGUGCUGCACUUGGUCAGGGCAAUCCCAGGUAUUUAUACAGACUGAGGGAAGAUCUUCUUGAGAACAGCUCUGCAGAGAAGAACUUGGGGGUCCUGGUGGACAAGAAGCUGGACAUGAGCCAGCAGUGUGUGCUUGCAGCCAGGGGCCAACUGUGUUCUGGGCUGCAUUAAAAAAGGGGUGGCCAGCAGUUGACUCUUUCAGUACUUGAAGAGAGCAUAUAAACAGGAGGGGGAAUGGCUGUUUACAAAGAUGGAUGGUGAUUGGACAGGGGGGAAUGGUUUUAUACUAAGAUGGGAGGUUUAGGUUAGAUAUUAAGAGGAAGUUUUUCACUCAGAAGGUGGUGUGAUAGUGAAACAGGUUGCCCAAGGAGGUUGUGGCUGCCCCAUUCCUGGAGGCAUUCAAGGCCAGGCUGGAUGUGGCUCUGGGCAGCCUGGUCUGGUGGUUGGCGACCCUGCACGUAGCAAGGGGGUUGAAACUAGAUGAUCGUUGUGGUCCUUUUCAACCCAGGCCAUUCUAUGAUAUUGGAAAUGCAAAACUUCAGAGCACGUGUAUGUGCCUUUUAUGCUGGGAUAUGCACUUAUCACCCUCAAAAUAUAAAGCUUAAUGGUAGUAUUUUUUAAGCCAAAUAGAAAGAGAUCUUUUUUAAAAAAAUCCAUGGGCACUUAUUGCAGUCUGGGAAUUCUGUUGAAGAGGGCUAAUAGCUUGUUCUGAUGUCUUACAGUUCAGCUGGGAUAGCAACCAGGUUGGCAUGGUUUAACCAAUUGGGUUUGGUUAAACCAUGUUUACGUUUGUUAUCUGUCCCUGCUGACAGCUGGUAGGAGAAUAUCAGUGGUGCUACAUAGUAGUACGUGGCUUGCAUAGUUUGAAGGCUAGUUUCAGAUCUACAUAAAGUAUCCACAUGCUUAGUUAGAAUUUAGUAGAAGAACUGUCACUUCAGUGGUUGCAUUUAAGAAAAUUCUUAGCGUAUCAGCUUUUGACAUCAUCUACCGGAGAGACAUCUGUUAGAGACUUAAGCCCUGGCAUUCUUCUUGAAGUCUUUAUGUGCACUACAGCUUUAAGGAAAUCAUUAAAAUACAGUAAAGUUGUAUUUCCUAUUUAAAUAUUAAGAUAUUUUAUUGUUCCAGCCACCUUUCCCUUCUUUUUUAAUAGUUUUAAAAGACGAGGUUUCUUAACUUCUUUCUGCAAGCAGUAGCUCAGGAUAGGUACCAAACAUAGUCUUUUUGCUGAAAACUUGAGUUAAUAAAACACAGUGACAUUUCGUCUGUGAAUUGCAUGGUAGGAUUUGGGCUCAAGUCUUUACAGCCUUCAAGUGAAGGUGGCUGUGCAAAUUUAGCAGCACCAAAUUAAGCCCAUUUUCUGUUCCUAUGCACCUUGGAAAAGGAAGUGUUUAGCUGCUAUUUUUACAAGGUCUGCUGUUGUAUGAUACAGGUUGAUUCCACAAAGAGUUGAUCUAGAAGUAUUGUGAAGAAUAUAAUCCUGAAAAAUGGCUUGUACUUUCCCUGAUGUGAUGAGUUCUUGAGCAUUUUUUCCAGGUUAUAUAGGAUCAAUAAACCUGUGACAUCUUCAGUGACUAAAUCUAGCAUUGGUAUUUUUUAGAUGUCAGUGAUAGUUGAAGGUGCUGGGCUAGACAGAAUGCUGCAUGGCAUCACCUAUGCUAUUGGUAUUGUACUGAACCUGUAAAUAAAGUAAUUGAGCUUCUGGCAGUUCUGAGUACUGGCAGUUCUUUACACUCCCUUUACAAAAGAGGAAAAAAAAACAUUGCCAAUAAAAAACAAGAAGUUAAGGCUGACCAACUUACCAGAAGAAUUGAGUCCCUGUACUUCCCUACCCCAGAUAACUUUUUCCAACCUGCUUGCAGCAAUGUAUCCUGAAACCCUGCAGUUCAGUGGGCAAUCAAACUUAGGCUGUCAACUUUGCUGGAAAUUGCACAAAGCACAAGUUACAAAGUGAAUUUGGUACUAAGGCUGGUGUUUUACAGCAGCAGUGUUCUGAUAUUUUGAUAACUGUAGUAAAAAAUCAGUGAUAUUUGAAGGUACCUAUACGUUACUACUAUAGGGUAAUAUAAAUCUGUGAAGUGGGCAUCCAGAUCUUUUGAAUUCUGUUGGAAGACUGCUAUAGAAGCUUUUAUGGAAGUUUUUUCAUGGUGGUUUUUUUAUUCUUUUGACUGUUUUCUUCAGGAUAAGUAAAUAGGGGGGAGGAAAAGGAAGGAAGGACAGAUCUUCAUACUUUUAUAAAUCAGUUUAAUUUUUUUUAACCAAAUAUUUCCGUUUAGUAGGCAUUUGGGUAAUCUGGUUUGUGUCAUACAACAGCAUGUAUUUUCCACUUUCCACUUUCAUUUUUCUCACAGUACAAAUAACAGCUUUCCAUUUAACCUACCCAGAAGACUAUAGUUUGAGCCGGGAUUAGUCAAGAUUAAAUAAACAGCCUGUGAAACUAAUGUUUGUAGGAUCUGGAAGGGAAGAUGGCGUUCUCUACAUUGAGCCAUUAAAAUGGGAACAGUUCUACUGUUGCAUCUGCUACUAUAGUAGUUGCAGCCCAUUUCUUGAAGUCUGCCCUUUUAUGCAAAGGUUGAUUCAGAUGAACUAAGGCUGUGGAAAAAGCAAGUGAUUUUAAGAAGGUAUGUGUUUCCUUUUUGCAGUUAACUGUCUCUAUGUCACAACACAAAGAGCACAUCUUUCAGGAAUUAACAUCCAUUCCUUUGGAUGUACUUUCAAAUUUCAUAAGCUUUCUGCCACGGUCUGUACAUUAUAUUAUAGAGGAACAUCAGGCGAAGGAAUUUCCUACAUUAAAGCAUGGUACUGAGAAGGGGCAAAGAAGAAAUUUUUUGGGAAAGGAAAUUGCCUGCAAUGUGAAAAAACCUGUCUGAUUUUUUUUUUCCUGGUCAGUGUCAUUUAAUUAGGUGUGUAGCUUUCUCAGUAAAUAAUCUCUGAACAUGGAUCUUAGUGGUGGAAAUAAAAGCAGACAAAUGGUCUCUGCAAACCCUGCUGAGCUGCACAUUACAGGGUGGGGGAAGGGCUGGCUCCUGUCAAAGCAGUAAACGAAAUACAAAUUGAAUGAGCAUGUGAACGAGAAUGAGAAAAUUAAAAUUCAUUGAAGGAUGAGCAAAUUGAGUGAAAGAAUACUAAGAACAGUUUUUGCACUACUGAAACAAAGAUGUUGAUAUACUAAGUGGUUCUUAAAGCAAUUUUGCACAAUAAAUUGUACUAUUUUUAUUUUUUAAUUCUAGUCUGCAAUGCAGGCUGAAGGUGAAUGGAAGAUGUUAAACCUGGGCUGCAGAGAUUGAGCAAGUGGAAAGAGAAAUAGUAAAGGCAAAUAAUUUGUUUAAUUUGCACUUAACUAUGUUUUGAUGCAGUCAUAGUUGAGGUUUUGAUUGACCAGAAGGUAACUUCUUUGAAUGGAAAGACUGAGUGUCAAUCAUCUGUUUUGCAUCAAUUUUUCUGUAUAGUUUUGUCAGGGUCUUGGCUUUAUCCUGUGUUCAGUGGAACUUGGAGAAAUAGCUGCUGUGAUGUUAGAAAUUUCUGUCUGUAUUUGUAUUCCUUAUAGAGAAUAAAGAAAAGAAAUGUUUCCUACAAGGGAAUUGUAAAAAUACUAAAUAGAAUGAGGAGGAUCAUACAAGAAUUUUCCGCUUACAAUGUAAAUCUGAAAACAUUGUGUGAUAAACUUACUACUUCUCACAAUUCCAUCAAAAGAUGGAAUUAAAUAGAUCUGAAAUGUGCAAGGUAGGAGAAAUUGAAACAUGACAUCUUAAUCUGACAAUACCUUCUUAAAAAGGGAAUAAAGACUGUAGGAGUUGAGGUUCAUUUUGGAUUGUCUCAUAUAUGCUUAUAGAAAUCAUGCAGAAAGGCUUCAGGCAGGCAGAGUUGUAUCAGGUGUGCUCCUCGCUGCUGUUUUGCUUUAGCUACUGCAUAAAAAGACACAUUGUGACUCUAAGGACAAAAGACCUGGAAUAGAGUUGUAAGGGGUGCAUGAUCUGGCUUUCUCAGAGUGGAAGCCUACAUUAUGAUGCACCAGUUACAUCAAAUGAUGAAUCAGAAGUGACAGCAUGCAGUUCAGCAUCAUUCCCAACCCUCUGAAAUUGGAGUUUGCAGUUCUGCUUUAAAGUGAAUUAGCAUUCUUUUUUUUUUUUCCCCCACCAUUUUUAACCAUAUUUCAGUGAAUGGUGAAAUAAGUAUCAAAGGUGGAGAAAUAGAAAAAUAAAAUAUUCCAAGUGGGAAGGGACCCAUGAGAAUCAUUAAGUCCAACUCCUGGCUUUAUGCAGGACCACCCAAAAUUUAACCCAGUGUCCGAGAGCAUUGUCUAAAUACUCACUCCUUGAACUCUGGUAGGUUCAGAGUGUGGGCACUCUGUGCUCACUGCCCUCUAGUGCAGAACCUGUCCUUAACCCCCAGCUACCCCUCCCCUGACAGCCAUUCAUGCCAUUCCCCUGAGCUCUGUCACUGUCACAGAGAGCAGAGCUCAGCGCUGCCCCUCUUCUCCUUGUGAGGAGCUGCAGCUGCCAAGAGGCUUCCCCUCAGCUCCUCUGCUCUGGGCUGAACACAUCCAGAGAUCUCAGUUACUCCUCAAACAUCUUGCCCUUCAUACCCUUCAUUGUGCAUCAUACAGCCCGCCUCUUGAUGCUGCUUUAAUAGUUUUGCAUCCUUACAUUGUGGCACUCAAACCUGUACCCAGAGCUCAACGUGAGGCUACACAGAGCAGAGUGGGACAACUUGCUCAGCUGAUAGUUCAGAGCCUGAUGACCCCAGAAUACAGCUGGCCCUUUUGGCUGCAUGGGAGCACUGCUGGUUCAUACUUAGCACAGCACCAACAAAAACCCUCAGAUGCCUCUCUGCAAGGCUGCCUUCCGGCCAUUUGUCCCCCAUCCUAUACAUCCAUCCAGGAUUACACCUUCUGGAUACAGAAUCUGGCUGGUAUGUGUAUUCCAUCUUUAUUUUGGGGCAGUAGAUCCCAAAUUUGAAUGGAAUAAGGGCUGUGAAAAA